AUGCCACGUAGACAAAAGAAGUGGAAGGCUGGAGAUGGAGACGCAGCAGCCUCCAAGAAGAUCAUUACUGAGCAGGCAGCUGAACCAAUGGAGUCAGAGACCAGUAAUGCCACACCAGAAUCCACUGCUAGCACAGCCACUGUUAACACAGCCACUGCUGCAACAGCCCAGGCAGGGACAGCUAUUGAUGAAGAGAUCAGUAAUGCCACAUCAGAAUCCACUGUUAGCACACCCACUGCUAACACAGCCACAGCCACUGCUACCACAACCCAGGUAGGGGCAGCUGCUGAUGAAGACUCUGAUGACGAGCCCGAGAAGGCCCUGACAAAGUACCAGCCUAACAAUGAGGAAAUACCACCCGGUGAUGACCAACCUGAGGAGGGCCGUGCUACUGCUGGUGCUGAAGACUCUGAACGGAAAGAUGAACAGCUUCAGCCGCAGAAAAAGUCUCGCCGCAAGGUCCUCCUUCUCGAAAAUGACACUCAGGAGCAACUCAUCGAGUGGGUCCGGGAGCACGAACUUUUGUGGAGGAAGGGGGCCACCGACUACAAGGAUACAAAGAAGAGGACGGAACUUUGGACAAGGAAGGCAAGAAAGCUGAACAUUGAGGAGGGAGCUGAAGUUCUCAGGACAUGA